CACUCUGCCACUUUACGCGACAACGCGUCUUCCACCAUUUCCAAAAAAGCUGCCUCGACACAAUUCUCACCUCCAGACCAAGCAGCUUCCAAGAUGGCACUUAUUGUUGACAAGCAUCGACCUCGGUCUCUCGAGGCCCUCACAUAUCACAAUGAGUUGUCAGAUCGCCUUCGCUCUCUUGCCCAGAGCGGUGAUUUUCCUCACCUACUUGUGUACGGGCCCUCAGGUGCUGGGAAGAAAACGCGAAUCGUUGCUACGCUGAAGGAGCUCUAUGGGCCAGGUGUGGAGAAGAUCAAAAUCGAUGCUCGAGUAUUCCAGACGACUAGCAAUCGAAAGCUCGAGUUCAACAUUGUCGCCUCCGUCUACCACCUCGAAAUCACACCGUCCGACGUUGGAAACUAUGACAGAGUUGUUGUUCAGGACCUUCUUAAAGAGGUUGCACAAACGCAACAAGUGGAUCAAUCAGCGAAGCAAAAGUUCAAAGUCGUGGUCAUCAACGAAGCGGACCACCUGACGAGAGAUGCACAAGCAGCUCUGCGACGAACGAUGGAAAAGUACUCGCCCAACCUACGACUAAUCCUCUUGGCGAAUUCGACUGCCAAUAUUAUUGCUCCGAUUCGCUCAAGAACUCUACUCGUCAGAGUAGCGGCCCCAACGCACGAGGAAAUAUGUGAUGUGCUAGCCGUGUCGGCGAAGAAAGAAGGUUGGCCCGUUGUGGAUGGUCUUCACAAACGAAUAGCGGAGGAGAGCGGACGAAACCUUCGACGAGCUCUCUUGAUGUAUGAAGCCGUUCAUGCACAAAAUGAGAAAGUCACUGAUAGCACAGUCAUCCCACCGGCAGACUGGGAGGCCCUUAUCGGUCAGAUCGCAAAGGAGAUCCUGGAAGAACACUCGCCAGCCAGGAUCCUGCAGGUGCGGUCAAAGCUUUACGACCUCUUGACACACUGCAUUCCCCCCACUACUAUCCUCAAGACCUUGGCGUUCAAGCUGAUUGCCCUCAUUGACGAUGGGUUGAAAGGCGAGGUUAUCCAAUGGGCGGCUUUCUAUGAGCAUCGCAUCAAGACCGGAACCAAAGUUAUAUUCCACCUGGAGGCUUUCGUGGCGAAGUUCAUGAGAAUUGUCGAGAUGUAUUUGAUGAGUAUGGAUAUGUAAUUAUGUUAGAAAAUAUGCGGCGUUUUAGGAAGGCUGAUGUAGCAAAAUCUACGGAACUUGACGGUACGUGCGUGUCGAUGCUUCACUCUAUCUUAACAACAAGCCACAACUCUUGUAAUGUGCUGCAUAGUACAAGCUG